AGAAAUUCUUAUAAACUGAGUUAUCUGUUUCCUUACUGGGCUGCUCUUGCUCUAAAGCCCUAGUUGCCCUUUCCAAUCCCCUGCUUCAAAUCGCCGCCUCCCUCCGAUCUCCGUCGCCGGCCGGGAAAAUGCCGACGCUCGAAAGCUUGCUCAGUCCAUCCGCCUCGAACCUAUUUUCCUCCAAAACCUCGAUUAAUCCUUCCAUUUCCAGUUCAUCGGUUUUCUCGCCCGCUUUGCGUUUGCGCAAAUUGGCGUCGUCUUCUUCGUCGCUGUCGAUCAGAUGCUCGGCGACACAGCAACUGGAGCCUGUUGUUGAUUCUGUUACUCCGGGGCAGUUCCGAGUCGAUGUUCUAUCGGAAUCCCUGCCUUUUAUCCAGAAAUUUCGAGGUAAGACAAUCGUCGUCAAGUACGGAGGCGCCGCCAUGAAAUCUCGGUCGCUACAGGCCUCGGUUGUUAACGAUCUCGUUCUUCUGUCCUGCGUUGGACUUCGUCCGAUCUUGGUUCAUGGCGGUGGGCCGGAAAUUAACAACUGGCUUAAACGGCUCAACAUCGAGGUGGUUUUCCGCGACGGACUGCGGGUGACCGACGCCGACACCAUGAAAAUAGUGUCUAUGGUAUUGGUCGGCGAUGUGAACAAGAAUCUGGUUUCGUUGAUCAAUAAGGCUGGGGCAUCGGCCGCUGGGCUCUGUGGUGUGGACGGGCGGCUACUAACCGCCCGGCCAGCCCCUAAUGCGGCACAAUUAGGGUUCGUCGGCGAAGUAGCCCGCGUGGACCCUACGGUACUUCAGGCACUUCUGGACAAAGGCCACAUUCCAGUGGUCUCUUCGGUGGCGGCGGACGAGUCCGGGCAGAUGUACAACAUCAACGCGGACACAGUCGCCGGAGAAUUAGCAGCGGCGCUGGGGGCUGAGAAAUUGAUCUUGCUGACCGAUGUGGCCGGGAUUCUGGAAGACCGAGACGACCCUAAAAGCUUGGUGAAGCAGAUAGAUAUUAAAGGGGUGAAGAAGAUGAUGGAGGAGGGAAGAAUCGGCGGAGGUAUGAUUCCGAAGGUGAGUUGCUGUGUCCGAUCGUUGGCUCAGGGGGUGAGGACGGCAAGUAUCAUCGACGGGAGGCUGCCGCAUUCCUUGCUGCUGGAGAUCAUGACCGACAAUGGAGCCGGAACCAUGAUUACAGGGUGACACCAUGAGAGCUUGUGGAGCAAAAUCGUCACUCUCUUUGACUGGUCAGUAGCUCUCCCUUCGGUUAUGCCCUCACUGUUGGCCUUCACCCUCACAGGCCAUCCCUUCGCAAAAAAGAAAAAACUGCUUUUGGUUGCAUAUUGUUGGAGCUAUACUUUGGAUGGAACGAAACUAUAGGACCUUCCAAGACAAGGAACACCCCCUUCUUAGUUCUUUUGGUUAUCUCUUGGUUGUGAAGGUGAUCCCUUCACGGGCCCUCCCUCUUUUUUUUUAUCUAUUUUCAUAUCAUCAAUGAAAUU